AUGUCUGGGCUUAAACUUAAUGUAAGUAAGACAGAACUCUUUGCAGCUGGUAUUUCCUCUCGGAAUCUUCAAAUUAUCAAAAACAUAUCUGGCUUCAAAGAAGGUCUCCUUCCAGUUAGGUAUUUGGGGGUUCCUUUAGUAACCAAAAAACUGUCUGAACAUGACUGCCAGCCUCUCAUUGAAAGAAUUAAGCUUAAACUUCACCACUGGUCGAGCAAAUUCCUAAGCUACGCUGGUAGACUUGAAUUAGUUAAAACGGUCCUGUGCAGUAUGGCUAACUACUGGUGCAGGCAAUUCAAUCUUCCCCAAAUUAUUUUAAAUCGCAUUAAUCAACUCUGUUCCAGGUUUCUAUGGAAAGGAACUGACCAGCCAGCUGCAGGAGCUAGAGUCAGCUGGGUUAAACUUUGCUGCCCUAAAUCUGAAGGUGACUUAGGCCUGAAAAACAUCAAAGACUGGAACACAGCAUGCAUGGUCCAGCUAAUUCGCAAUAUUCUCGCAGGAGACGGGUCCCUCUGGGUCGCCUGGUUACAUUGCUAUGUAAUUAAGAAUGAAGAUUUCAAAGACAUGGCAGGGAAAGUUUCCCAUAGCUGGAGCAUAAAGAGACUUCUGAAACUUAGAUCCACUGCACUCCCCAUUCUCAAUGCAAGAACUAAAACUACUAGAGAUGUUUGGGAAGCUGUUAGAGAAAAAAGAAUCAAAGUUAAUUGGCACAAAAUCAUUUGGUUCCCUUCUCACAUACCAAAAUUCAGUAUGAUCGCUUGGAUGGCCAUCUUGGACAGACUUCCAACUCGGGAAAGAUUGUCUUGGAUGGGCAUUGUCAAUGAUUGUAGAUGUGUGCUAUGUAAUGAGACUAAUGAAACUAGGGACCAUUUAUUUUCUGAAUGCAGCUUUGCUAAAUCACUUUGGAGCUCCAUUCUUAAUCUUUCUCAACUGCAUGUUCCACACAUGACAUGGGAAGAAAAGAUUUGUUGGGCUAGUAAAGAAUGGAAAGGUAAAUCCCUUCUUACUACAAUCUUGAAACUAGCUUGGACUUCGUUCAUCUACUUAAUAUGGGAGGAGAUAAAUAGAAGAAUCUACCAUCGUGGCUCCAGAGAAGUCGAUCAAGUUCUGUCUUCCAUCAAAGAGCUGGUCCGAAUACAAUUUAGAGGCAAAAAUAUCAAUAGAAUUGAUAAUGUUAAUUGUAUUCUAUGCUAUUAUUGGGGCAUUGACUAA